AAUAAGACAAUGUCUUAUCAGAUAAAUUUUUCCAAUUUAAUUUUAAAAUCUUUGAGAGGAACUAAUUAUCUCGAUAUCGAGCAAUAAAAUAAUCGGAUGGAACAUUUUAUUCAACAGUGUUUCAUGAAUUGUUCCGCCGUUAAUAAAUAAAUAGAUUUCAAUAGAAUAUGAAUUUUUUAAGUUUCCUAUUUUUAUUGUGUUGUAUUUAUCAUCUCGGUCAUGGUGUCGGUCUUCACGGAUUUCAUUUUCACGGUUUGGAAGAACCGCAAUCUCUCAAUAAAGCGAUUCAGGAAAAUAUUACCGAAGCAUGGAUCCAGCAGCCCUUAGAUCAUUUCAAUCCGCGAGACAACCGUACUUGGUCGAUGCGUUAUCUUGAAAAUUCAAGAUUUUUCAAAGAAAAUGGGCCAAUUUUGAUCAUGAUCGGAGGAGAAUGGGCAAUAUCUAAGGGCUUCUUACAGGCUGGUUUAAUGUACGAGCUUGCAUCUAAAUACAACGCGAGCAUGUAUUACACCGAGCAUCGUUAUUAUGGCAAAAGUAAACCGACCAACGACACUAGUUCGAGAAACUUGCAGUAUCUAAGCGUCGAUCAAGCACUUGCUGAUCUAGCGUAUUUUAUCAAAACGAAAAAGAAGGAUGAAAUUCGGCGAAAUAGUACCGUAAUUGUUUUUGGCGGAUCUUACGCUGGAAACAUGGCCUCUUGGGCUAGACUUAAGUAUCCUCAUCUGAUUCAGGGUGCAUUAGCCAGUAGCGCUCCAGUUCUCGCGAAACUCGAUUUUAAUGGUAAAGAAUAAAAUCGAUUUCACUUUUACAAGAGAAAAGGAAAAUUUCUUUUUUUUUACAGUCAAAAAUGUGUUGACGAAAUAAAAACUGCGUUCGAUGAAGUCGAGGAAUUAUUACACGCCGAGAAUGGCCCGCAGAGAUUGAAACAAUAUUUCAAUUUAUGCGACGUGCCAAACGUAAAAUCUUUCAACGAUCUUGGACACUUUGGUAAUCUUUUAGCAGAGAGUUUCGCCAGCGUAGUUCAAUACGAUAAAGUAGAAAAUGGAAGAAGAAAGAUCGCCUCUUGCUGCGAGAACAUGACAGCUACAUAUUUGGGUAGCCCCCUUCAAAGAUUGGCGCAUUUCGUGUCAAGAAAAGACAAAUGUUUGAAAAACAAUUACGAAAAGUUCGUCACGCUUUACAGGAAUGAAACGUGGGACGCUCAAUCUGAUAUAAUGAGACAGUGGUACUACCAGACGUGCACGGAAUACGGUUAUUACCAAACAUCGAAUUCAACGAAAUCAAUUUUUGGAUCCUUAUUUCCGUUGCUAUAUUUUACAAAUAUUUGCGAAGAUUUAUACGGCGAAUAUUACAAUGGCGAUUUCUUAAAUAGCAGAAUUAAAAGAACAAAUAUAAUGUAUGGAGGAUUACGACCAGACUUGAGAAAUGUAAUAUUUACAAAUGGAGAUAUUGAUCCGUGGCAUGCUCUAUCCGUUCUUCAAGAUUUAAAUACAUUUUCUCCGGCUGUACUUAUAAAAGGAUCGUCUCAUUGCCGCGAUUUAUACAGCGACUCAGAUACAGAUGUCGAGGAUCUGACUCGAGCCAGAGUGAAAAUACGUGAAAUAAUUGGAAGUUGGAUCUCUUCUUAAACUUGUCGUCCGACUUUUCCACUUGGAAAAAUAAAAGAAAUAUUAAUAUAAGUGUAAGAAAAUAUAUAUAUUUAUUUCCAAAUAUUAUUUACAAAUAACUAGAAUGCAAUGAAAUACGUAACUUA